AUGGCUCGAGAGUCGGAUACAUACUUGGAGAACCUGCCGACCGAGGUCCUGCUCCAGAUACUGACACAGAUCACCGACAUCCACUGUCUCUGGAAUCUCCUCGCCUCGUCACCAGCAGCAGGACGGGUGUUUAAUCAAUACUGCGAUGAUAUCUUCUGGCCUUCUGUCCUCGAUGGCAUCAUACCACCACAGACCCAGGAUGUCAUACGGUGUGUAGUCUCCCUCCGCUCUGGUGCUUUCCGAAACACACCGUUGGAUCAGCUCGCCGGUAAGAUCAGAGAUCGCGAAGCCGGCAUCGUGCUCGGCCAGAGCUCGGAGCUGGGCUACAGCCUUCCAACCAUAGACACGACAGCCAAGCCUUCACUGACGGUGAUGCGGUCCAUCUUGGCAGUCGCUACCCGGAUACACUCCCUGAGCCGACUCUGCAUCGGCCAUUAUCUUGCGACCCUCUCCGCCGCCAAGGCCGGGGGUCGGCUGGGUACCGCGCCAGAAGGGUUGACCGACGGUCAGCUGUCGUGGGUGGAGGAGCAACGUACCAUUCGCGCUUUCUGGCGUGUUCAGCUGGUGCACGAAUUGAAUCUCGCAGCGCGCACGUCGAAAGUACAGUCUUCUGAUGAAGGCGCCGGCACACCGGGAGAACUUGAUGUCGAGGCAUUUUACGACAGCACCACGAGCAACCUCAAAGUUGCGUAUCACGAAGUCAUGACGGCGUUAGACUUUCUCAAAGAGAGUGAACUUGGGAAAGCCCCCGGUCAGACCACAGCGUUGAAGCGAAUGCCGUCGAAGAAUCAUCCGGGAAUGAGCAUCUCGCCAUCGACUGCAAGAAUGCCCCCCGACCCUGCCACCCGAAGGUCGUCUUUGGUACUGCCGGCGGACGGGCUCUGGAUCGUGGACAGCAUGGGAAGGAAUGCACACUCGCCAAUCAAGUAUGCCGGUUUCGGGCCGUACAGGAAGAUGGGAUUCGCGAUCUGGGAUCGGGAGAGGCUCGCGAGGCUGGGGCUGGCCAGUCCGCCAGGUCAUGGCCGCGUCACGGGCCUGGGGUCCUACUUUUCUUUCUGGCUGAACCUUCUGGACACGCAGGAGAUGUCCCGUGCCGAGGAGCGGAUGCGGGAAGCAGAGUGUCGUGGUGGGCGGCUGGACCCGCUGCAACCCAUGAUACAGGAUAACGCGUCCUAA